UUUAUUUAAGAAAUUAUGUCAGUGAUUAUAGUUUUCGGUUUAGUGUUUUUGUCAGCCUAUUUUCUAACGAAAUGGUAUAAAAUAUUUUUGACCGGCAUACAAAUGCCGGGACCCUUGGCUGUGCCCAUGAUGGGCAAUGUACAAAUGAUAACAAAAUUAACACCAGAAAAACUUCUCUUUCACAUACAAAACUUUCGCGAAACUUGCGGUCAAUCUUUUCGUUUAUGGCUGGGUCCCCAACUUUGGGUAUUUUUACAUACACCCGAAGAAAAUCGGGAUGCAUUGCAGGACUCUACUUUAAGGAAAGCCAAUACUUUUUUGCUUUUAGAUAAACUAAUAGGAAAUGGUUUAUUAAUCAGUCAUGGAAAAUAUUGGGAAACGCACCGCAAAGCUUUAGGACCCGCCUUUCAUCCCAAUAUUUUGAAUAGUUUCUCAGAAACUAUUUGCCAACAUGCUGGGAUUUUGGUGGAAAUAUUAAGAAAUUUGAAAUCAAAUCCGGUGGAAAUAACAGACUAUUUAUUUCCCUGUAUAAUGGAUGCCAUAAUUGAUACCUCGAUGGGUAAAAAUUUACAAAUACAAAAGGAUCAAAAUAAUCAAUAUACUCAUGCAUUUCAUAGAACCAGUGAAUUGCUGUUCGACCGAAUGACCAAUCCUUUACUAUUUACCGAUUUUAUUUACAACAAAACCUCAGCCUCCAAAGAAUUAGAUAAAUAUCUCAAUAUAAUACACAAAUUAAUGGAAUCAGUCAUAGAAGAGCGUCAGGAAUAUUUAAAACAAUUAAAAGAAUGUACAGAGGCGUCCUUUGAAAGCAGCAACAAUAAAAGAAAAAAACCACAAUGUCUUUUAGACACUUUGCUAACUGUGGAAAUCGAACAACAGCCUUUAUCGUUGAAAGAAAUCAGAGAUGAAGUCAAUACUUUUGUGUUUGCGGGUGUUGACACCACCACGGCUGCCAUGUCUUAUGUUUUAUAUGCCUUGGGCAAACAUCUUGGGGAGCAACAGAAAUUAGUCCAAGAAUUACAGCAACAUAAUUUGGAAUAUUCAGAAUACCUAACAGCUGCACAACUCAACAAAUUGGAAUAUCUGGAUAUGUUUAUGAAAGAGUGUUUAAGAUUCUAUACCAUUGUACCCCUGACGGGCAGACAAACCACCCAGCCCACCAAAAUUGGCCAACGUACUUAUGCGGCCGGCAUUACUCUAUGGAUUAAUAUGUAUGGUUUGGCUCAUGAUAGUACUCUCUUCGAGGAUCCCAUGAGUUUUAAACCUUUGCGUUUUUCAAAGGAAAAUUAUGAGCAAGUCACCAAAUUUAGUUAUAUACCGUUUUCGGCUGGUCCUCAUAUAUGCAUUGGACGUAAAUAUGCUUUUCUGAUUAUGAAAAUUUUAACUGUGAAAAUUUUACAAAAAUUUGUGGUCACACUCAAGGAUCCCCGGGAGGAGUUGGUGUUAAUGUCACAAAUGGUAUUGAAGGCUAAAAAUGGCAUAAAUUUGGUGUUUAAAGAGAGGGUAUGAACAAAUUAAAGCAGAAAUAAACAAAAGCGAUAUAAAAAUUAACACGAAA